AUCGAUUUACCGGGUUGUUCAACCCAAGAGAAGAACUAACCCUCGAAGAGACGUUAUGCAGAGUCAAAGAGCACUUCUCCAAACGUCAUCAUGACGGACCAGAUGGGAGGCCUGCUGUUUUUGGCGCUGGCGAGCCCCAUUUACUCACCUCCUACGUCGAGAAAGUCACGCCAGGAGCCCACGAAGAAGGAGGAUCGCCUGCUGACAUCAAUCUGGUUUUCCGGGGUCUUCGCUUUGUUUCUCAUUCUUUAAAAUUGAAUUUGAGCUUCCUAUUCGACGUUCUGCCUCCAGAGGAAGCGACGGAAGAAACGAACGCUGGCGCUGCAGGAAAGGGACUGCGUCUCCGCCAGAUAGACGUGAGUUGGGACCAUCCUGAUGAGUCGCUAGAUCUGAUUACUCUGAAGAAGAAAAACUAG